AAACACAAGCCAGCCAACCUACUCUGACCUAGUCUACACCUUUUUUUUACCCCCAACAGACACAUCUUCAGGUGGUGUCAGCACUGUCGAAACGUUUGGCCGCAACUUGGUGAAGUGAAAGAACGCCCGCUGGACGACUUAGAAUGAUGACGUCACCCACGAUCUCCCCACACGCCAUCUACAGCCGGUGCCCCGCCCCUCUGGUAUCCCCCGCCCCCUCCCCGCCUGUUGCGUCAGCGAUGUAUUCACCCUACAUCCUGGGCACCUCCUACAUGAGCUCUCCAGAUUUCCGGGCCGGCGGCAUCCCUUACUUUCUGCCCAGCCUCCUCAACGCCUACACGAUGUCCGGCCUGACCCACCACUUACCCGGCCACUGGGCUGCGGCAGCAGCAGCAGCAGGACACGUGCACAACGUGUCCGACCAGCACGGCUCAAAGGAGAGCACUCUGACCCCAGGUCACGCCUACUGGCCGCUGUCCAGGGCUAUGUCCAGUUCUCCCUGUGGUCAACUGUCGGCUCCUGCCUCUGCUGCAGUCUCGACUCCGGAGACCCCGUUGAUGAUAAGAUCGCCCUCGGCGAGCAAACGAGGCACGUCCCCGGACCUGAGACAGACACCCAAACGACGGUUUGACUUUUCCCGCCUCGCGGAAUCAGCGACCAGUGACCUGGAAGCCAGCCAGUCCCCAGACACCCCCGUGUCCUCCUCCAGCCAGGCACAGAUCUUCAGUCACGUGAUGGGGCCCUUGGAGAACUUCCGGGUUCUACAAGAGAACUUCCGCAUCAGCCAGGCGAUAGCGAAUGGCGGGAAGCUGGGGAGCUCUUUCUCCAGGAACCUGCUCAGUGGAGCUGACAAAACAAAGAUCAGACGGCCACGAAGGGCCAAAAAGGAAUUCAUCUGCAAGUACUGCUGCCGACACUUCAGCAAGUCCUACAAUCUCCUGAUCCAUGAGCGCACACACACAGACGAGCGACCCUACCCCUGUGAGAUCUGUGGCAAGGCAUUCCGGAGACAGGACCAUCUCAGAGACCACAGGGUCCUCUCUCCGGAAUUUAGAACAAGUGGUUCAGAGAUCCCUGGAUGUUCUGCCAGGGAAUGUGAGCAGCAGACUCUACUCUGUGGAUAGGCUGCUGGGGCGGACAGGGGAAGACCUGUCACUCAAACCGCACUGCACACUCCCGACACAAUCAGCCACCUCUACUCCUCCGUCCCAUGUCAACGUAGUCAAAAUUGAGGAUAAUCAAGCUUCCAACGAAGAAGUCGAAGAUGACGACGAUGACGAGGCUGGUGUUGAGAUUGAUGUAGAUGGGGACUGUGGAUCGUGAUCGUGUCUCUUAGAUUACUGUAGAUUGUGCUAUUUCUCUUGAUCGUCUGGUCUUUUUUUUUUUCAUAAACGCACACAUUAUGUAUAUCGCACUAUGUCCCAGCUCGCUGUAACUGUUGAAGAGAGUAGCGGCGGACACAUUUAAUAAUGUCCGAUCACCAGCAGAUCUAAGGAACUGUUGCGAUAUAACACACAACUGAAAAACACGAAUUUGCCUGUUUCGUGUUGUAAAGUAUGUUGUUUCCUGCUUUCCUAUGUUUCAGAAACAGAAAACAGCGUUGAUAAACCAGUAUGAAUAACUUAUUCUUUUUAUUUCUAAAUUGCCCCAACACAGCGCACACUCAAUUAGCGUUGUGGCAUGCUCAGAUCACUCGUCUCCACUAAGUCAUCUCUCCCUCUCUCUCCGUCCAGGAACAAUAAUGAUACGGCAUAGACUUUACGCUACCCUCAGAUUACAAUGUGCUGUGUGCUUAGUACAAAGUUUUUGAGAAAUUUGACGUGGAAAAACAUUUAAGUUUCACAAUAUGUCAGGCUUUUUCGAACUACAAUUCUUCGAACACUAAGAUAUCUCUCGAUGUAAAUCAGAAGAUAGAACAUAAUUUUGGUUAGCGACCUCGACCUCAUGGUCUUAGUAACCCAAGGACGGCCAAAAAUAUUAGAAAGAACUUUGUAAUUCUAAGGUACCGUCUACC